AUGACAUCGAUCUUGUUGAGACUAACACGUCCUAUCACGAAGUGCGUGAAAUACAAAUCGUGUCUUGGAAAUCAAGGACGUUGUUUACGCCUUGCCAUGCGAAAUUAUACAACAAGAUGUGUGGACCUGCCAGUUUGCAAAACACGAUUGGCUUUGCCGAUGGAUUACAACAGAAUAAUGACUUUCAUGUGCGACGCGUUCUUCAAAGAUGAUCCAGUCAUGGUGAACAUAGGUUUGCAUCAGCAGGAGCCCGCGCCAUCAUUGCUAAAGAUGAUGUAUGACGAGAUUCGUGAGGGUAUGACGAUAAUCGCCGAGGGAGAGGACAAUUGUAUCGUGGGCGCUGCGGUGAACGCCGGCUCCUGUCCUUGGGAUCCCGACAAGCUCGUCGAGUUAGCUAGGUGUUGUGAAUGCGGGUUGGCUCGAGACGUGAUCGAGUUCGAAGCUUACGUGAGCCGCAAGCCAAAUCUCUGGGAGCGUUACUGCGUUCUCAAGCUCUUCGAGUGCAGCUUUCUCGCGGUCGGAGCGGACUUCCGGAACCAGGGUAUUGCCAGAAAGCUCGUGCUAGAUAGCUGGUAUCUCGCGCGCGAUUGUGGCUAUCGAUUGUUCCGUGUUGACUGCAGCAAUAAGUAUGCCUCACGAAUCGCGGAACAUUUUGGAUGGAAGCGAGUAUGUACAAUCCCAUUUGAUCAAUAUAUUAAGGAUGGCAAACUCGUUUUUAAAUGUAUUAAGGAGCCACAUACCGAAGUGGACGUUUACAUUGAUGAAGUCGCAUUUUGCAAAGAUUAUUGUCCACCUUAUAACAAAUGUUGUGAAACAACAUCGGCGCCAAAAAUACGUGAAGAGAAAACUUAA